GUAAUAUAUCAUGAGUUAUUCAUUUGACAUUUAUUAAUAUCAUCAGCUUAAAUUAAAGUAUUCCUAAAUGGAGAUAAGUGUGUUGUGAUAUCCUACUGGUUUAAUAAUGGGCCUAAGAAGCCCAGUAACGAGUAUUUCCUUUUUUUGGUUACCUACCUGGAAAUUUAUAUUUAAGAAUAAAAAAAUAAAAAAGGGAGAGGGUAAAUAACCUCGCGAAGGAUUUGUGGGGUUUGUUGCUGGGCGGGUCUCUUCCCUCGGCGGUUACCUUCAUCGAAUUCGAUCUUCUUCUUCCUUGAGCCAAAGCUCGAAAUCGUUAAAUCUUCCUCGUAAAAUUUCUACUAGAAAUUGACGCGAGGGGAAGCCUAAUCGCGUGAAUUAGAAGAGAAGAGAAGAAACAAACGCCUCGUUGUUGUUGUUGGUGGUGGCGAGAGAUGCGAUCGCAGCUGUUGGCUUCGCCGUGGCGGCGAGUCAGUGAUGAGCGGUUGCUUCUGUGGUUUUCUCCGGCGGGGAGCAACCGAUUUUGAAUGGGAUUUAAGCUGCAGAUGAGCUGGAUGCCGAGUCUACUGAGUCAGAAGCGUAGGAAUGGUCCUCCCUUAGGGUUACGCAAUCUCGGCAACACCUGCUACCUCAAUAGUGUCCUUCAGUGCCUCACUUACACUCCUCCUCUCGCUAAUUAUUGUCUUACUCACAAACACUCCUCUCACUGUGACUCAUAUGUGGAUGGGGAACGGAAACGGGAUUGCCCUUUUUGCAUAGUUGAGAAAAGAAUAGCAAGGUCUCUUAGUGUGGAUCUUACAACCGAUGCGCCUAACAAGAUUUCAAGUUGCCUCAAAAUUUUUGCUGAGCAUUUUAAGUUUGGGCGUCAAGAGGACGCUCAUGAGUUCUUGCGGUAUGUCAUUGAUGCAUGCCACAAUACGUCUGUCCGCCUGAAGAAGUUGCGAGUGAAGGGGAAUGAGCCCUUUAAUGGCAAUUCUGCAGUGAAAGAGAUUUUUGGUGGUACUUUGCAGAGCCAGGUGAAGUGUUUGUCAUGUGGUGCGGAGUCGAAUAAAGCGGAUGAAAUUAUGGAUAUCAGUCUCGAAAUUUUGCACAGUAACUCAGUCAAAGAAUCAUUGCAAAAGUUCUUUCAAUCUGAGAUUUUAGACGGCAACAACAAGUAUAAAUGCGAGACCUGUAAGAAAUUGGUGACGGCAAGGAAGCAGAUGUCAGUACUCCAAGCGCCUAAUAUCCUUGUUAUCCAAUUGAAAAGGUUUGAGGGUAUUUAUGGUGGGAAGAUUGAUAAAGCAAUUUCAUUUGGUGAGAUUCUGGUUCUCUCGAACUUCAUGAGUAAAGCAAGCAAGGACCCUCAAACGGAAUACAAGCUAUUUGGAAUAAUUGUGCAUGCAGGACUUUCUCCUGAAUCUGGGCAUUAUUAUGCAUACGUUAAGGAUUCCUUGGGUCAAUGGUAUUGCUGCAAUGAUUCACUUGUCUCACGCUCCACCUUGCAGGAGGUUUUGUCAGAGAAAGCUUAUAUCCUGUUUUUCAGCCGUUCAAACCAGAGGCCAGUAUCUGCACAAAUUCUGGUAACAACAAAUGGGACUACAUCUCAUGAGGUUAAUGGCUGCGAGACAUCGAAGCCUCAGAAGUUUAUUGGACCCCUUAAUGGUGUGAACAUGAAACUUCAAGCCGACCAGUCCUUCCAGAAGGAUAACCUGGUUCCUACAAAGCCCCAUAAAUUUAUUGGACCCAAAGCACGAAACCAGCAGGCCCUCCAAGAGGAUAACCUACUUUCUUCCAAAGUUGAAAAGGCGCCUCUAAUGCCACAUGCGAAGGUCAGUAUCAACCUUGGUGCGAAAAGGGUCUCUCCUUCUGUCAAUGGUAGACUUUCUUUCCACCAAGAUGAGAACAUAGCUCCAAAGGCGAACAAAGAGAAUAGUGUAUCAGUUUCAUCAACUAGAGUUUUCUCUGGCACGGAGAGAAAAUUUGGUACUGAAAAUGGUGGCAAUGGAGUUAAAGAAAACGGCACUGCACCAGGUAGUAGUAAUCAUAAAGUGACAUUGCAACCACAUGAGCGUAGUAAUGGCUUCAGCAAUGGGGGUGAUCACAACAAGGAUAACUUAAAUCCAUGCAAGAGUAAUGGCUCACAUAAUGGAACUGAUCAGCAGGAAACUGAGAAGAACGGUGUUACUACCACUCAAUCCAAAGCCAUGGGCUCUUCAACAAAGAAAGACCCUUGCAUUUUGCUCAGAAAAGAUGAAUCAUCUCGGAAUGAACUUGAAGCAAUUAAAGAGAGCCUAAAGAAAGAUGCGCUGUCACAUCUACGGUCAUGCGGAUGGUAUGAAAAAGUACACAUAUCCAUGCGUGCCAAGAAGAGAUUGCGUACAGAGCAAGAAGAAGGAGAGGAUGGUAACGACUUGAAGAGGAGGUUGAUUGAAGAUGUAAAAACAAGUUUAAAAUCGCAGAUUCCAGAGGAAUUAAAAGCAGAUCUUGUAAACCGUAUCUGGGAAAUCAGCAAGAAGAAGUACUCGUGAACGAUUGCUUUGUUUAAACCAAAAUGACUCAAUCUCUGGAUACUUAAAAGCCUCUAUCUACUUGGUUGCCUACAACACAAUCGCUCUCCCCAGUCCUCAUUUUCCAUCGUUGCUUAACCCAUCUGGUUGGUGUGAUACAGAGAGAGUGGAUCGAGAUUUUUUUCCUGUGAGGGUCUUUAUUAUUUUUACAUUUUUGGAAGAGAGUAAAAGUAAAUUACCGGAAAAGGAAAAAAAAAAGAAAGAUAAUAUAUAUAACUCAUUCUGUAUAAUAUAAAGCCUUCUUUUUUUCCUCUUAUCGAUGAAACUUGACACAAAUUUGUUAUUAGUCUUGUGGAAAUUAUAUAAGAGUGUUCUUGGA